GACACCCUGCGUUGUUUGACCGCGGUUUGGCUUUCCUGUGGGCUGCUGUCUAUGUGGGUCAGUUUCCACAUUGUUGAGAAGUGUGUAAUAUUUAUUCAGGUCCCUCAUUUAAAAACCCGCACAGAUGGAAAAGCGCUCAGUGUAGUACCUUUUCUCCCUCCGUAGAUUACCGUUCACAGGCAAGGGGACAUUUAAGCAAGGGCCUUUGUCUACAAGGUUUGUGUGUGUGUGAGUGUGUGUGUUUGUUUGUUUUUUAAUGUUUUGCUUGAUAGGCGUGUGCCCUGUGUUUUGUGUGUUUUAACAAAUGUUUAAUUAGUGGGAUUUUUUUUUUUCAUGUGAAAGUAUGUGUACCUUCUCCUGAGUGUGAUUGCCUGUAUUUGCAUUGGGGAGUGUUCUGUGUAGGCGCACGGGUGUGCAGGAGUUUUGUGUGUAUGUGUGUGUGUGUGGUGUGCAUGAAUCUGUGCAUGUGUUUGUGCGUGUUUCUGUAUUUGUUUGUAAGUGUGUACGUGUGUGUGUUAGCCUAUUUGUUUGGGCGUGUGUGUGUGUGUGUUUGGGCAUGUCUGGGACAAGGGACCAGUUGGUGUGUGGGGAGGGGUGGUACCCAGUACUGAGGUGUGAACAGCUGUGUGUAUGCUGAAUGGCCUACCGAUUGCCACACUGAUGUGUUUGUGUGUGUGUGUGUGUGUGUGUGAUGGGGAGGGGGGAAGGGGACGGGAGCACAAAGAAGAACCUCCCCUUCCACAGCACAGAGGAGUUCUGAAACACACCCUCUGUCCCUCACACACACACAGAUACACACACACAGGAGCAGUGUAUGGGCCUUGAGAUGCCAGAGGAGUGUGUGUCCAGUGUGAGGGCUGCAUGUGUGAGCCCUCACGAUCGUGAAGGUGGAUUUUCAUUCAUGUCUCUCUUUGUUCUCUUCCAGUCGGCCGCAGCCUCAGACAGUGAGCUGCGUUGUGCAGACCUGCAGGCGUGCGGUAGCGAGACCAGCCUCAACAGCAACGGCAGCCUGCCCGGCCCGCAGAGCCACCGCCGCCUGUUGGAGCGCCGCGUUGCAUCAUGGGCCGUCAGCUUUGAGCGCCUGCUGCAGGAUCCAGUGGGCGUCCGCUAUUUCUCCGAGUUCCUGAAGAAGGAGUUCAGUGAGGAGAACCUUAUGUUCUGGCAAGCCUGUGAGUUCUUCAGCCAGGUGCCUGAGGCUGACAAGAACCAGCUAUCCCAGAAGGCUCAGGAGAUCUACAACAGCUUCCUGUCCAGUCAAGCGAGCACGCCGGUCAACAUCGACAGCCAGGCACAGCUCGCCGACAACGUCCUCAACGCACCGCAGCCGGAUAUGUUCAGGGAGCCGCAGCUGCAGAUCUUCAACCUGAUGAAGUUCGACAGCUACGCGCGCUUCCUCAAAUCCACGCUCUAUCAGGAGUGCAUGGUGGCCGAGGUGGAGGGACGACCCCUCCCCGACCCCUACCAGGUGCCCUGCAGCCCCGCCCCCUCCAAGCACAGCUCCGACCGCUCCACCCUCCCCACGCCCAGAAAGGAAUACAAAAAGUCUGGCCGGUCUCACACCGAUCUCAGAGACGAACACUCGGACAAGAAGAAAGGGAACUUCUUCUCCUGGACGUCACGGAAUCGCAGCUUUGGCAAAGGGCCCAAGAAACGUGACCUCGGAGAAUUCAACUAUGGUAAUGGUCGGCGUGAGUCCCAGGGCUCUCUCUCUUCCAGUACCAGUCAGGAGCUGCAGUCCUCCUCCCCAGGGGGCAAGAGUGAGUGCGAGCACCGUAACUCUGUGGCGGUGUGGGAGCGCGACCGCGAGCGUUGGCCGCGGCAGUGCAGCGUGUCCCUGCCCGACGGCUCCUGCUGCUCCUUGGGGCUCCAGCCAGGCGUCCCCGUCAGGCAGCUGCUCCUGGAACUCUGCCAGAGACACCAGCUCAACCUGGCCGCCGUCGACCUCUUCCUCAUCGGGGGAGAGAAGCCUCUGGUACUGGAUCAGGACAGCGUCACGCUCUGCUCCAGAGACCUCAGGCUGGAGAGACGCACUUUAUUCAGGUUGGAUCUGAUUCCCAUCAACCGUUCGGUGGGACUGAAAGCCAAACCCACCAAGCCCGUCAGCGAGGUGCUUCGCCCUGUUGUCGCCAAGUACGGCCUCCGCCUCGCCGACCUAGUGGCCAGAGUCAGUGGAGAAACAGAAAUUCUGGAUCUGGGUGUGCCCAUCUCCAACCUUGAUGGAUUACGAGUGGUGCUGGAGAAAGCUGAUCCGUCAGGAAAAGAUAAGCCGCCCAAGACACCCAAGGGUCACGCGCCCCCCCUAAACAACCGGAGCAUGUCCACGCCGGUUGACGACAGGUCGUCAGGGAAACCUCUUCGGAAUGAGGAGAAGAACAACAACAGAGAUCCGUCUCCUCCUGAAGGCAGCAGGAAGCCCAAGAAGACCCAGCUAGAGGAAGCUGAAGAGUUCUUUGAGCUGCUGAGCAAAGCCCAGAGCAGCCGGGCGGAGGACCAGCGCGGCCUCCUCCGGAAGGAGGACCUGGUGCUGCCCGACUUCCUGCGUCUAGACUCCUCCCCUCCCUCCUCCUCCUCCUCCUCAGUGGCCCCGCCUCCCGCCUCAUCCACGCCGGCGUCCCUCAAACCCGCCCACCCCAACGGCCUCGGCGGCUCCACCACCCAACGCCAACACCACCACCAACACCAGCGCUCGCAGAACCCGGAACACGGCGCGGGCGGAACCGCCAACGGAGGAACCACGCCGCCAGGAGCCGGUGGGGGUCCGGGAAAGGCGGGGAAGGAGCGCCCCCCGUUCCGGGCGCCCCUCUCCCCCAUCCUGAGCAGGGGGUCGGGCGGGCAAGCGCUGGAGGAGGAGGAUGGCGCCGACCUCACGCUGGUCGGGGAGGGGGACAUCACCAGCCCCAACAGCACCCUGCUGCCCCCUCCUCCGCCCCCGUCUCUCACCCCCGCCUCCCUGCUGCCGGGUGGGGACCGGAGCUUCCGAGCGGCGGACUACACCCCCCCGCCCCCCUGUCUCCUCCUCCAGUGCUCUGGACGUGAUGGCGGCAGCGACGAUACCCCAGCAGGUACCGAAGCCUGCGCCAACUCCACCCGCAUUCCCGCCAGCAGUCACCAGAGGGCGCCAUCCCCAGGACCAGACGCCGCUCCCGAACCUCAGCUGGAGUCCCCCUCGUCGGGCGCAUCCAUCGGCCUGGAGGGGGUGCACCUGGAGGAGGACCCGGAGCUCAACCUGAGCUUCGAUGGCUACGUCGCCAAGCUGCGUCAGUGCCAAAGCCGCAUGCGGAAUGGCAGCACCACCCAUGCCGACCCGCCCCAUCUCCACGGCAACCCCACGCCCGAUGAAGGGGCCACCGUGGCUGAGGAGGACGGCUCCAUGGUCAAAGCCACCUUCGUCUAAAUAAGUGGAGUUGGGAUGGGGGUGGCUGGGAGGAGCCCUGAUGGUGGUUCCGUUUAAAAAGCCCUGGCAGCAGGAGAGGACUUGCGCGUGGGGUGGGGUGGGGUGGGCGACACGCCCGGUGUAAAUCUGUGUAUAUAGUUCAUUCUUAGACUGAGAUGGCUGAACAGAAAGAUCUCAAAAGAGGAGUUUGUGUCUGAAAUGCUGGUUGAUUCUCAAUACUGGACCAUAAUUUAUUGAUGACUAAGGACGAUGCCGAAGGAGAAACAGAGCUAGAGGGAGAGAGAGAAAGAGAAAGAAAAACAAAAACAUAAAACACUCCCUGACAAAUCCUACGCUUGAAGUGACUCAACACACAUGUGGAUUAACGCAGAUGAAAUCACCGGCUGCUUGGGAUAAACAGUGUCCUCACGCAGCCAGUGAAGGCGAAAGGGCUCCUAAUGUUUUUACCAAACUGUGACUGUGACUGUG